AAUUUUUUCAGAUUUUGCAACAUUUUUUCCUCUUGGGGAAGUUUUCACCUUGACUUUUGGGUUACAACUGAUCUACUCCUUAGAUCUCUCCCUCUUGUUUUCAACAAACCAUUUCUUGGUUUGGGAUUCAGAUCCAAGUAAUUUCCCCUUAUUUUUGAAGAUGGUGAGAGGGAAGAUCGAGAUUAAAAGAAUCGAGAACUUGACGAGUAGACAAGUCACGUUCUCCAAGCGUAGGAAAGGUCUCUUCAAGAAGGCUCAUGAGCUUUCUGUUCUAUGCGAUGCUCAAGUCGCCGCCAUUGUCUUUUCUCAGAAAGGAAGAUUAUAUGAUUUCGCUAGCUCCGACAUCCAGAAGAUGAUGGAGAGAUGUGAGAUAAAUAGGAACGAGUAUUUUGGGGCAGAGAAUCUCCAAAAACAGGAAUAUUUGCAGGAGCUCAAGAAUGAAAUGGUGAUAAUGGUGGAUAAGAUUGAACUUCUACAACUUCAUUGCCGGAAGCUGAUGGGACAAAAUCUGGAUUCGUGUUCGGUGGAGGAACUCAACGAGUUAGGUACCAAAAUUGAGAAAAGCCUUACUAUAGUCAGAUCAAGAAAGGCUAAGUUAAAUGAAGAUAAGAUAGAGAAACUAAAAGCAGAGAUUGCUAAAGAGAAAGAGGUCUUCAACGAGGGAAGUAGGCUGCGGCAAAUGUUUGAAGCACAACCCUUGUGGAUGCAGUCGACGAGCCUAGGGAGUGAGAAGAGUGCACCUCCAUGUGGUUGUGGAAACAUAAACAUAUCAGAUGUCGAAACUGACUUGUCCAUCGGAUUGCCUGAAAGUCGAGUGCAAUGAUUUAGUCGCAUCUUAAUCAACUGGUUCUUGUUUUCGUAGAGCCCCGGACAUGUAUAUAUAGUUAUAUAAGUGUGGAUGUUUGAAUGGAUUCACCAUAUGCAUAAAAAUCACGAAUAAGGUAGUUAAUAAGAAUUAUAUACUACAGUUUGUUUUAUUUGUCUCCCUUUGUAGAGCUGAUUAUUGUUUUUCUUUGUGGAAAAUUAUUUAUUUAUGCUACG